UUGCAAAUACUAACAAAAUGCCAAAACCUCACACUAUUAUAUAAACCCCUCUUUCCCAUGUUCUUCCUUGCUCUCAAAGCCCUUAUAUAUUAUAUAUUUUUCUUUUCUUUUUUUUUUUGAAAAAUAUUCUUAUCAAUAAAAAAUUGUGUUGAUUCUCAUAUCCAAACACUUCUUAUUAUCUACCAAUUUAUAAAUUUCCAGCGUAAUAAAGAAAUCAAACCCUACACUUAGGGUUUCCUCUCUAUACCCUUCUCUUAGAAAAAAAGAAAAGGAAAAGCAUUUCUUUUUAAGUAUCAUAAUUUUUGACAAUUCCAGUUAUGUAAUAUUGACCCACUUUGUUAAGAUUAAGAAAAAAAAUCAUCUUUUUUGCUGUUAAACGAGAUUGAUCGAAAAGGAUUAAGUAUUUGUUUUAUUGGUUUUUUUUUUUACUAUUUUUGUUGUUAAAUUGGAGAAAUGGAGAAGAAAAAGGUGACUGUGCCAUUAGUGUGCCAUGGGCAUUCAAGGCCGGUGGUUGAUUUGUUCUACAGUCCUAUAACUCCUGAUGGAUUUUUUCUUAUUAGUGCCAGUAAGGGUAUGGGUUUCAGUUUUCAUUAUUGAUUCACGCCAAUUUAAAAUCUGGGCUUCUUUUGAAUUUUAUUUUAGUGAUCAUUUAGACUCCAGUCCAAUGUUAAGAAAUGGGGAAACUGGAGAUUGGAUUGGUACAUUUGAAGGGCAUAAAGGUGCAAUAUGGAGCUCCUGCCUGGAUACCAAAGCAUUACGUGCAGCAUCUGCCUCGGCUGACUUUUCUGCGAAACUGUGGGAUGCAUUGACCGGAGAUGAAUUGCACUCUUUUGAGCACAAGCAUAUUGUUCGAGCAUGUGCGUUUUCAGAUGACACACACUUUCUACUCACUGGUGGAGUUGAGAAAAUUCUCCGAAUAUUUGAUUUGAAUCGUCUAGAUGCGCAGCCAAGACAAGUGGAUAAUUCUCCUGGUUCAAUUAGAACUGUUGCAUGGCUCCAUAGUGACCAGAUGAUCUUAAGUUCUUGCACUGAGACUAAUGGUGUUAGGUUGUGGGAUCUGAGAAGUGGCAAAAUUGUUCAAACACUUGAGACCAAAUCACCCGUCACCAGCUCGGAAGUGAGUCAGGAUGGUCGCUAUAUAACUACUGCUGAUGGAUCUACUGUUAAGUUUUGGGAUGCAAAUCAUUUUGGAUUGGUGAAAAGCUAUGACAUGCCAUGCAAUGUAGAAUCAGCUUCAUUGGAACCAAAGCAUGGUAAUAAGUUCAUUGCUGGAGGGGAAGACAUGUGGGUCCAUGUCUUUGAUUUUCAUACUGGAGAAGAGCUUGGUUGCAACAAGGGUCACCAUGGUCCUGUCCACUGUGUUCGUUUCUCACCAGGAGGGGGGUCCUUUGCAUCAGGAUCUGAAGAUGGUACCAUUAGAAUAUGGCAGACAAGUCCAGUGACUCACGAUGAGAGUGAUCUACUUGGAAGCGAACCAAGUGGGAAAGUGAAGGCUGUCGCUGAUGAGGUUGCCCGUAAGAUUGAGAGUGGCCUCCAUAUUGGCGGGGAAGGUAAAACUGGAGAUACGGAUAAGGCAACCGAUGCCUGACAUGGUAUUAAAAUUGUUUAAUGCAUUCAACGAGUGUUUGUUUCAGCUUGCGUGCCAGGUUUGUAGGAUUAUGGUGUCUUUCCGCACCUUGCCUGUUCGUCUUUUCUAUCGAAAUAAAAUGAACUGCCAAACUUCCUUUAAUUUUCAAGUAAAGUUUGAAGUUUUGAUCUUAAAA